AUGGAGGCGAAACGAACCAAGAUCCGUGUCUUUCAGGAGCGCACUAACAAACCCUUAGAGUCUCAAUACCCAAUGACUAUGGUGAUCAGUAUACCAAGCGAAAUUGUCCCCCUUUCAACACCCUCGGACCCACGAGAAGCAAAGCCCAAAAUUUGUGUCUCGCAAGUCGAGGAGGCUACCACCCGUCGAUCAGUCCGUUACUCAAAGGCAGAACUUGGUCUAGUCGAGACUUUCAACCGUUGCCUGAACGAACCGUCGACCUACGAACUUCAAAUUGCUGCACUACAGAAUGCUACCUCCGUGCUCAAUGCUCAUAUCAUCGACUCUAGCGAGGUACUGGAGAAAUUGCGGGAGUUGUUAGCCAACCGCGAGAUGGAACCAGACCAUUACCAAUCGAUUCAACGCCAACGAUGGAUGGAGGAACGACGGCUCGUUGCUUCCGAACAGCUGUCAAAGGUCAUCCAACAAGAACACUUGCCACUACGACAGCCCUCGACUUCACAGGCUCGUUCUUCUCCUCCGAAAUCCACUAUCAACUUGGUCAGGUUUCUUGAAUCGCCGCGCCACCGUGUGUCUCUUCGGCAUAAGUACCGUAAACGUGGACCUACCAAGGAGAAGGCGGUUGAGAAUCCUGAGGUACCACAAACAUGCCACCAUGGCCAACCACGACCUCUCCUGCUGACCUCCACACCACGCCGACAUUUCGAAUUCGCGGUCCACCAAAAGCGAUCGGCGGUCUCUCCACCUCCACCCCCGUCUCCACCUCCGACUCUUAUUCCAUCAGCAACUUCACCUUCGUCCAUUUUGUCUCCACCCCCUCUCACUGCUGCCUCCACCUCCAGAUCACAUCCCGCCCUCCUCACCCCGAUCUCUGAAGUCAUACCACCCUCUCCACUCUCGCCCAGAGGUAUCGACGGCACGGCUACAAUCUGGAGAAGCUCCUUACGGCCGAAAGACGAAAUCCUCUCAGGUGCCGACAUCGAGGUGACAAUCCCGGAUUACGUCAACGACCUCCUCGCGGGCUUCGACGCGAACAACCCUCCGAGCAUGCGAUUCCGAGCGCUCUCAUCACCAACGUCGCCAAAUUCGGCUGGCGUUUCGACCUCCCCGUCCGGGAUGAAGUUUAAAGAGCCCGAACGUCCCGAGAAGGAGCCUAUCGAGAGCACUCCGAGGCCCAGAAAGCUCCGAAAAUCACCCUCUUACAAGCGGAUCAGCACACUACUGUCCUUCCCCGACGGCCUCGCAUCGCGGAAGCGUCUGAGUACGCCCAACUUGUCUUCGCAGCCUAUUUUCGAGGACGAGGAGCGGCUACCAGCGCCGCGGACCGGGAAACCGCUCGCGGUGUCUUUGUCACUGUCAGAGAUGGCGCGGUUGUCGUCCUCUUCUGGGGAGUUGAUCUCGUUGUCCGAGGUUCCGGAACGGGAGUCUCCUGUACCAGUUGUGGCCAAGGACAGGGACAGCAAGGGAAUGGGUUUCCGACGUCGACUUUCGGCGCUGAGGUUGUCCGCUCAUUGA